GUCAUGAUCACUCAAAUAUUAAAAACAAUUAAACAAGUAAUCUUUUAAUAUUGACCAAAAAUAAUUAUAUUUAGUAUAUGACACUAACUGAAAUAUUAUAAAUAGUUUAUAAAGUUUAACAUAGUUACAACACUUUAAGUACAUAAGUAUUAGGCACGUCCAGGAUUUGGUGAUCAAUAAGGAUGACACUCGCAGAGUUUUUUAGUUGUACUCUACUUGCUUUCGGUCCACCGUUGGCAAUGUUCGCAAUGACCAUAGCUAAAGAUCCAGUGAGAAUAAUAAUCAUGAUAGCAGCAGCCUUUUUCUGGCUUCUAUCGUUUUUAGUAUCCUCUUUGGUUUGGUUCAUAGUCGUCCCACUUCGAAGCUAUUUAGCUUUUGGUAUGGUGUUUGCGGUUGCAUUUCAGGAAAUUUUCAGAUACUUCAUAUAUUUGUUACUUAGAAAAACCGAGGCAGGUCUCAAAGAAAUAUCAGAUAAUAAUGAAAUAAGUAGUCACAAAUUAGAGAUGGCCUAUGUUUCUGGCCUAGGAUUUGGUAGUAUGAGUGGAGCAUUUGCCUUGGUUAAUGUUCUAGCAGAUUCUGUUGGACCAGGCACUCUAGGUCUUCAAAAUGGAACUGAGUUCUUCUUUGUCUCAAGCGCAGCUAUGACUCUCUGUAUGAUUCUUCUUAAUACAUUUUGGAGUGUUAUUUUCUUCAAUGGAAUGGAUGAAAAGAACUAUAAGAAGAUAUUUUGGGUUGUUGGUUCACACUUUUUAGUAUCUGGCAUAAGUUUAAUGAACACAAAAGGGCUAUAUGUAUUUACCAUUUUACCUUCUUAUAUAAUUUUAGUAAUUACAGCAAUAACAGCAUUUAAGUGUGCUGGAGGAAACAUUGCUUCUGUAUUAAAUUCUUGCUUUUCCAAGGCCUAAGAAAUAAACACCCUCUAAUGAUAAUUGAAAUAAUUACAUGGAGACCACUCUAAGUCUUGACUUGAGAAAUAAAAAAUAACAUAGAUCUCUCUUUAGAUUUUAUUUAUUUAGUACAUAAGAAAUAAUAACUAAGCUGAUGUUUGUGUACUAUACAAAAUGUUAGUAGUUUAAUUAAAUAAACAACGUAAGGACAUCCUUGAAA